UUCUAAAAAAAGUAAAGCAAAAUAAGAAAUUAAAUUAAAAUAACUUUUAGACAUAAGCUUAAGUAUUUACCUUCAAAUAAAAUGAUCACUUUUGCUUUUAAUGUCAAGUUAAACAAAAGAAUUGCACAAUGCAAUAAGUCAAAAUAAAAAAAAAAAAAAAUCAUAUCUAACCAAUAUAAGGUAUUUAUUCAAUUAACAAAUAUCUAACAUUAUAUAUUAACAGAAAAAAAUUUUAAACUUUACCAAAUACCACAAAUUUUACAUUGUGUUGAGCAAUAUGAACGAGUUUAUGAUAUCAAACAUAGAUAGGUAUCGAUAUAUUCUACUGAGACCAGUGAAACAUAGAAAGUAAUAAAAAAAAAAAUUAAUUGUGAGAUAUACAGCUAUAAAACAUCUAGAUAUAUAAACAAUUGUGGGUUUAGAAAUAUUCACAAGAGUGCAACACAUCUUCCUUCCCUGCAAUCAUAUCAAACAAAAUACAAAUUCUUCCUAAUAAUAAUACAUUUUCUUACACAAUUUGAUACAUCAAAUCACUUCGUUAUGGUGCAUUAUGCCCUUUUUCUUUCACAUGCAUGCUUUAAAUUAUCUAAAUAAAAUCUAUUGAUGUAUUAAAAAUGACACAAUUGGUGUUUUUCAUGUCACGUACUCUUUUAUAGAUUGUUAGCUAACAAAUAUCUUGCAUGUAUUCUUGUGUCCGAAUAGUAUUCUUUCUUUAUUAUUCUUUCUUUGGUCUUUUAUAGUGUAAAUAUAUUUUGGGAUACCAUUCUCUUAAUUAGUUUUCUUUCAAGCACCGUUUUGGGAAAAAACCCAAAAAAAAGUCUAUAAAUUUGCAUGCUUAACUUACUUCACAAGCACACAAGAUAGUUGUAAUCAUGGAGCUCUCCUUCUUUAUUGUCUCGCUUUGCUUAUGUCUCCUUCUCAAACCACUCAUCAAUCUUCUUCUUCUUCUUCACUCCUCAGUCUCAUCAAAGCCCAUAAACAAUAAUAAUAAUCUCCCACCAGGACCUCCUAGAAUUUCUCUUAUAGCCAAUUUCAUUUUACACAGAAAAUCAUUUUUUGAACUUGGACCUAUCAUCUCUACUCUACGUAAAAGAUAUGGCCCUCUUAUCACCGUCAAUCUUGGCUCUCACCCCACCAUUUAUAUCGCCACCAACUCUCUUGCUCACCAAGCCCUAAUCCAAAACGGUGCAGUCUUUGCUGAUCGCCCCAGGUCCAUAAACAACCUUAUUGUUAGUAAUUCGAAGAAAAUCAUAAGUAAAUCUCCUUAUGGACCCACUUGGCGUGCCCUUCGCCGGAAUCUUACCGCCGGAGUUCUCCAUCCUAAUCAACUCAAAUCAUUUUCUAACGUCCGAAAGCGAGUUGUUUGUAAUUUGAUUAAUAAUCUAAAACAAGAUUCUGAAGGAAACAAGGCAUUGUUUGUGGAAGAGCACUUUCGUUAUGCAGUAUUUUCCUUGUUGGUUCUUUUGUGUUUUGGAGAAAACGUUGAAGAGAAUCAAAUUAAGGAAAUUGAAAUCGCCCAACAAAGACUUUUCAAGAAUUUUCACAGGUUCAUGUUGUUUAUUCUCAUACCAAAGUUGGGGAAGUUAUUGUUUAGGAAGCAGUGGAAAGAGCUUAAUGAAAUCGUCAAUGGCUAUGACGAUGUUCUUGUUCCUCUAGUAAAAUCAAGAAAGAAAAUGAAGCAAGAAACAAGAAAGGGUGAAGAAAGUGUUUUUUACGUAGAUACAUUAUUAAAUUUGCAUCUUAGUGAUGAAGAAGAAGAGAAGAUGACGCUUAAUGAAGGUGAAAUCGUUGGCCUCUGCAACGAAUUUGUGAGUGCUGGCACGGACACCUCUGCAAUUUCAUUGCAAUGGAUUAUGGCGAAUAUAGUCAAGAACCCAACCAUUCAAGAAAAUAUUUUGAAAGAAAUAAAAGAAGUUGUAACAGGAAAAGAUGACACAAAAGAAGAAAAUCCUACUAUUAAAGAAGAUGAUUUACAAAAGAUGCCAUAUCUAAAAGCAGUGGUUCUUGAAGGUUUAAGGAGGCACCCACCUGGAUAUGCUCCGGCAACACCGCAUGCGGUGACAGAAGAUGCUGAACUAGGUGGGUACAAUAUACCUAAAGGUACAGCAGUAAAUUUCUUGAUAGCAGAUAUAGGAAGAGACCCAAAUGUUUGGGAGAAUCCAAUGGAGUUUAAGCCAGAGAGGUUCUUGAAAGGUAAUUUUGAUUUGACAGGAAGUAGAGAAAUCAAAAUGAUGCCUUUUGGUGCUGGAAGGAGGAUAUGCCCUGGUUAUGGAUUGGCUAUGCUGCAUAUGGAGUAUAUUCUGGCUAACUUGAUUUGGUAUUUUGAAUGGAAAGAAGUUGAUGGAGAAGAAGUGGAUUUAACUGAGAAGUUUGAUCUCACUAUUUCAAUGAAGAAGCCAUUGAAGGUUGCUUUGUCUCCUAGAUUUUAAUUAAGUUGUGUUUGAGUUUACUGGAUCAGUUGCUUUGAAUAAUUACUUGUUUGAGUUUUAACUUGUGUUUGUGUUAAUGGUUGUGUCAAAUGGGAAAUAAAUUGAUGUCAACGACAGUUUGUUUUUAGGUUAUGUUUGAAAUUUUUGGAUUAAAAAAAAAAAAUGGUUUAUACGCUUUUGUAUCAA